AUGACAUCCAAGAAUGUUAUCGCACAAUCGCUUAAACAACCAAAAUCUAUUUCAAUAAUUGGUGGUGGUAUAUCUGGCUUAUCUGCUGCUUAUUACGCUUCGAAAGCGUUCCCUGCAACGAAAGUUCACCUUUUUGAAGCAUCAGAUAGACUUGGAGGAUGGAUAAAUAGUGAGAGAAUAAAUCUAGGUAACUAUGGCACAGCGCUUAUCGAAAGUGGUCCACGAACUUUACGUCCAAAUGGCGUUAGUGGGGCAUUAGUACUCGACCUAAUAGAUAAACUCGGAUUAGAAAGUAGUUUAUUAUCAGCUUCAAAAAGCUCACCAGCAGCAAAGAAUAGAUUCAUUUAUCACCCAGAUAGAUUAAAUCAAUUGCCAUCUUCAUUAGCUUCAAUUCCUAGUGCAUUAUUAAAGUACAAAACACUUCGUGCUAUCCCUGCCGCUAUACUUAAUGAUAUCAAGACACCAGCACAUAAGCGCGAAGAAAAUGAAGACGAGAGUGUGGACGCUUUCUUCAGGCGCCGCUUCGGCGAUAAAAUAGCUGAUAACAUUGCUAGCGCUGUGAUUCACGGUAUAUAUGCAACAGAUAGUCGCGAUUUAUCGCUGCGUACGGCCUUCCCUUUACUUUAUAAGUUAGAACAGAGGGCUGGUUCUGUCGUAAAGGGGUUGCUUAAAGGUGUUGGUAAAGACAAAAAGGAAGAAGCAUUAGAAUUGGCGAUAUUAGAUGGUAUUUCACCGUCUUUACGUGCAACUAUGCAGACUGCAAGUAUCUUCAGCUUCAAAAAUGGAAUCAGCGAGAUUGUUCAAACACUAGAAUCAGCUUUACAUAAAAAUAAUAACGUGGAAAUCUAUAAAUCAUCUCCAGUCAAGGCGAUUACCCAACAGCCAAACAAAGAUUUCGUCAUAGAUACCCAAAAUGGCUUGAGCCUAGAAAGUAGUCACUUGAUAUCGUCAAUACCAGCUAAGCAACUUUCAUUACAGAAGCUUAAGUUAUCUAUCCCAGUCUUAAAAUCGCCAGACGUUGCUGUGGUGACUUUAGUAUACCCUCAAACUGAAUUACCUAUUACUGGCUUCGGAUACUUGAUACCGAGAUCAACGCCUAGACAGAAAAAUCCCCAUGGUGUACUUGGAGUUGUGCUUGACUCGGACGCCAUGCCAAAGCAAGACCCCAAGCCAAUUACAAAGUUAACAGUCAUGCUUGGUGGUCCAUACGGUUUGAAAUCGUUCGACGAUGAUCACUUGAAGAAUAUGGCCAUCGAAACUGCUGUUAAUCAGCUUUCAGACAAUUUACACACACCUAUAGCGUCCAAGGUUAGUGUUGCAAGGUCAUGUAUUCCAACGUAUCCACCAGGAUAUCAAUCAACCUUACAGGAACUACAUGACUCACUCUCAACAGAUUAUGAUAGUCGAUUUGCAGUUAUAGGUAGCUCGUUCACAGGUAUAUCAGUUGGUGAUUGUGUUCGCAGUGGUUGGGAAACUAUUGAAAGUUAUAAAGCAUUUGGUAAAGCAACAGGCCUUGAACGUUGGAAGCGAUAAAUUCACUUGUAUAUCAUAUUAAACCGUUAUAAUGCAUUGAACAUAGAAAGAGCAUCUUGAUUGAAAAUUACGAUAUGCAAGCACCACAAGUUACAUACCUUUUUUACAAGUUAGAAGUAUCAUAACAAUCCUUUAUAACGUAUGGACUGACUUUCGCAUACAUUUUCCUGUACAUAUAUGUUACAACUUGGUUGUACGUCACCUUUAAG